CAGCCGUCGACGGGCGAAGUAUUCUACGCUGUUCACCACGCGCCAGGCAGUAGCGUCGAAGCGAAACAUCUGCAUGCGGAAGGAAGGGGUCUUCAAACGCCAAGCUUUCAAGCUCCCAGAAAGACUUAAUUCGGGUUAAAUAAUUAAUGUAAAUGUUUACGGUUCCCCCUAUUCAAAUAGAGCAGCUCGAGCGCAGUUGGCCCGGCCGUAGUCCUACAGCUAACUCUGACACUGGUCUGGAUGACUCUGUCAUGAUCUGUCAAAACGGCUUCAGAUGCGCAUACUUCUGGUUUUACCGCGUAGCUAAUUAGCCGACGACACGUUUUGGUCCAUAACGAAAGUUUCUCAGAUAUAGAGCCAGCGCUACAGAGCGUUUCACUGUCUGUGUGUGUAAUAUCGAUAUUUUUGUUGUUACUGUUAGCUUAGGUACACGACGACGUGGUGGGACAGAACGUGUCCGACAGAAUUGCCAAUUCAAUUGGUGAAGACGUAACGAAUAUAAUUACUAACUAAGUUAAAACACGGGCGUGACUCUGCAGCCGAUACGAUAGUUUUGACAGUUUGCUGACUGCUGGCGCUGCCGCGAGCGACCGACUGACCGAUUCAGUCCCACGAAUGAGGAAGUGUCGCCGUUGGCUCGUUUUCCGUUACUGAGAGCUACGGGUCGGGACACCUGCUCUGUCUGUACUUGACCACCACCACCAGGCCACAGCACCCUUGCUUGGCUUGUAGGUCUUCUUGUAGAUCUGCUGGUGACGUGCGGUUCGGAUCGCCGGUCGUCGAGUCGAGAUGAUUCCUGACAAAGCGCCGGGGGAGGACGUGUACCAGGCGACGUGCGAUCUGCGGAAGGAGGCUCAUGUCCCGAGCUUCGAAAAAUACAAAGAGCUGUACCUCAAGUCUGUAGAAAACCCAGAAGAGUUCUGGGGAGAUGUUGCCAAAGACUUCUUUUGGAAGUCCAAGCACACAGGCCAGUUCCUGGACUACAAUUUUGAUGUGACCAAAGGCAAGGUUUAUAUCAAGUGCAUGGAGGGCGCCAUCACCAAUAUUUGCUACAAUGUGCUGGACAGAAAUGUCCAUGACAAGAAAAUGGGUGACAAAGUGGCUUUCUUUUGGGAGGGCAAUGAGCCUGGGGAUGAGCUGAAAGUCACCUACAGGGAGCUACUCAAGCAGGUCUGCAAGAUGGCCAAUGUCCUCAAGUCCCUGGGAGUGAAGAAGGGGGACCGAAUCUCCAUCUACAUGCCCAUGGUGGUGGAGUUGGUGGUGGCCAUGCUAGCAUGUGCUCGCAUUGGAGCUGUUCACUCCAUUGUGUUUGCAGGAUUUUCUGCAGAGUCUCUUUGUGAGAGGAUCCUGGACUCCCAGUGUUCAUUGCUUAUCACUGCUGAUGGAUUUUACAGAGGAGAUAAACUCAUCAACCUGAAAAUGAUUGCUGACGAUGCACUGGAAAAGUGCACGGAGAAGAAUUUCUCAGUUCAAAAGUGCAUUAUGUUAAAGCAUCUAUCUAAGGAUGGAUCACUCUUGCCGGAAGGGUCCCAGUCCCCCCCUGCAAAACGCGCCUGCUCUGACUUACAGGAGAAACAGAAAGAAAGAGUAAAGAAAAUCCGUCCCAUACCCCAGGUUCCCUGGAACCCUGAGGUUGACCUGUGCUGGCAUACUCUGAUGGAGGAGGCUUCUGAUGAGUGUGAGCCUGAAUGGUGUCAGUCUGAGGACCCUCUCUUCAUCCUGUAUACCAGUGGCUCCACAGGGAAGCCCAAGGGUGUGCUGCACACGGUCAGUGGGUACAUGCUGUACACAGCGAGCACUUUUAAAUACGUCUUUGACCAUCAGCCUGACGAUGUCUACUGGUGCACAGCUGACAUUGGCUGGAUCACAGGACACUCCUACAUCACUUAUGGGCCUUUGGCCAAUGGGGCCACUAGUGUGUUGUUUGAGGGCCUACCCACCUACCCUGAUGUGAGCCGCAUGUGGGAAAUUGUUGACAAGUACCAAGUGACCAAGUUCUACACUGCCCCAACGGCCAUCCGCCUGCUGAUGAAGUACGGCAGUGGGCCGGUCCAAAAGUUUACGCGCCGCUCGCUGAAGGUGUUGGGUACAGUCGGAGAGCCCAUCAACCCGGAGGCCUGGCUAUGGUACUACAACGUGGUUGGGGAAAAGAGGUGCCCCGUCGUGGACACCUUCUGGCAGACAGAGACAGGGGGACAUGUGUUGACUCCCCUUCCUGCUGCCACACCUAUGAAGCCAGGUUCUGCGGCGUUUCCUUUCUUUGGUGUGGUUCCAGCAAUCCUAAAUGAAUCUGGAGAGGAGUUGGAGGGCCCAAACGAAGGCUACCUGGUCUUCAAACAGCCCUGGCCUGGAGUUAUGAGAACAGUGUACGGAAAUCACGAGAGGUUCGAGACCACCUACUUUAAGAAAUUCCCCGGGUAUUACGUCACCGGAGAUGGUUGCAGAAGGGACAAAGAUGGAUACUUAUGGAUCACUGGAAGGAUUGAUGACAUGCUGAACGUCUCUGGUCACCUGCUGAGCACAGCUGAGGUAGAGUCAGCCUUGGUGGAACAUGAAGCAGUAGCAGAGGCAGCUGUGGUCAGCCAUCCUCACCCUGUAAAAGGGGAGAGCCUCUACUGCUUUAUCACGCUGAAGGAUGGGUUUGACUACACCAUUUCCUUGGAGGCCCAGCUGAAGAAACAGGUGAGAGAGAAAAUUGGUGCCAUCGCCACUCCAGACUACAUGCAGAAUGCUCCCGGGCUUCCAAAAACCAGAUCAGGGAAAAUCAUGCGCCGGGUCCUGCGCAAGAUCGCCAGAAAUGAACGGGACCUUGGUGACGUGUCCACGCUGGCCGACUGCACGGUCAUUGAACAGCUCUUCCAAAAUCGCUGCAACACUGCGUGAUUUACUGGGGCGAGGAUGAAAUGAGACGGAGGAAGGAAAAACUGAUCAGUCGCACUGUAAAUAGCUUCAUAGGAGUUUAAAUGCUCAAGAGGAUAAAAGGAUGUGAAACACUAUUAGCAUUCUCUUCCCUCCCUCAAAUGCCAUUUUUUUUUGUGUGUUUUUAAGCUUACAUCCUUUUUUCAGUUUUAGUAAUUUGGGCUCUUAGGGUGCUAUACAUGCAUAUUUGCACUCUUGCAUAAUAACUUUUUAAUUUAGCUUUCUUCUUGUCCAAUUGUUUUCAUGAUGUUUGCAUCCUCACUGCCACUAUGUCCUUUUAUGUUAGUAGUAUAUGUGCGAUAUUCUGAUAUUUAUGUAUGAAUUUGUUGAGAUACCCUUUUGCAUGGUGGAAAACUUAGUAGUCUGUUCCUUUUUGAUUCCCCACCCCCAUACAAAGAAAUGAUUUUUUUGGAUUUUAAGUUCUGUCCUAGUUACCAAUGUUGUGUAGUAAUAUUUUUUCAAAAUGAAUUUGAAAAUAUUAGUUUGAUCUUCUUGAUAUUUGUUCUUAAUAUACUUGCAUGAAGAAGUAGCAGGGCUCCCUGCCUGUUGGUUUUGACCCAUUUUUUAAAU